UUGUGCAAAAUCAACUGUCACUACUUUUUUUCCCCCCUGCUUUCACUUUAACGAUUUUUUUAUUGAUAACUUUGCGGCCUUUUGUGUAAAAGGAGGAGGUGUGACGUCAGGAGAAACCGAGAUAAAGGACCUCAAGCCGUAUUUAUGCCAGAAGAAAAAGAUUCGGUUCCGUGUUCGUGUCUCCCUUCCCCAGCGAGGGUCCUAAAAGCCCCUUCCUUGAGCAAGCAUUGACCAGCAGCGGGGGUUUUUUCUUUCAUCAUGUCUCAGACCAACACAUCUCUGCUGGAUGAGGUGGUGCAGUGGAGUCAGGAAACAUGUCGCCAGGAGCUCAAGUCUGUCCUGCCAAAACUAACUUCUCUGCAUUUUGAGGCCGAUAGAUGGGAUGAUCAUCUACGUAUACUGAAGAUAAUCACAGAGAUGUUCUUGCCACACAUUGGUUUGUCAGAGCUGGAGGAGGAGUGUUUCUCCAAGAUCCUACCAAAGGCAGUAACAGUGUUCGACAGCAUGAUGAAAGAAAUCGGUAAUCACGUUGGCGAGCUUUCAAGUCAAAACACUGAACUGUGUGCUUUUCUCAGAAACACUCUACAGGCAAUGAUGCAGGUAAUCGAUGUGCUUUCCAUUUGCGUGCGCCACGUUGGCUCAUUUGAAGAAGGUCCUUGUUUGGAUGCGAUCCGUUCGCUGCCGAUUUGCAUCCUAAAAAUCCUUAGAGAAACGUUUCAGCACUGCAAGGACAGUGAGACGGUUUACUGCGGCCGUCUGUCUCUGGUGGCUGAUCUGCUGCAGGGACUCUUCAAGGAGGCCUACCUGCUGCAAAAGGGACUGCUGGAGGUCCUGGAUAAGAUCUCUCUGGACAGCAGCGCCUCAGAUGAGGAGGUUUCUGACAUUGUUACAGUGAUUCACAGCCUUCUGGAUAUCUGCUCCAUUAUCUCCAACUUGGACAUUGCACUGCACGCAAACACAUGGAAGUUCCUCAUCAAACAGAGCCUGAAGUACCAGUCGUUGGUGGAGGAGCAUCUGCACCAUGUCGAAAUCUUCAACAGCCUGUCUGACAACUUGCUGGCUUCCCUCCACAGCUCUGUGGAGAUGGCCGAACAGAUGAAGCUGGCCGGUUUACAGGAGUCUCUGCAGAGUCCAGAGUACAAGCUUUUCCAGAAAACUGCAAAGAUGUGCCGAUUCUUUGCUAACACUUUGGUCCAUUACGUAAAGGAAUUUAAGUAUUUUCUGACAAAACAAUCCAGCAGCUUUCAUCAACUCUACCUCCAGAUAAUCAGUAAGUUCCCUCCCAGCUUGUGUGCUCCAUCGUUGCUCACAGCCCUGGCUGGGGAGCUAAGUGCAGCAGCUCUGGUUCCUAUGGACGCUUUCCUGCUCCAGCUGUUACCUCUGAGGCCCUUUGCUGAAGUCGUGCUGCAGCCGGACAUGUCAGGGUUGAGUCCUGAGCAUGAACUUCCCCAUCUUCUCCUGCUGGUGAACAUUAUGGGUCAGCUGCUGAGCCAACCAGAAGAAGUGAUGCAGCUUUGGUACCCUGGAAGUCAGUUCCCAGAAGACACACCGAGGCUUCCUCUCUACCAAGCUAUCUUUAUUAGCUUCCGACGAUGCUAUACUGAGCGUAAAGUGCCAGUACUUUUGCCAGGGGUGAUGCUGAAGGGUCAGGCUCAGGUCGAGGUCACUCUGCACCGACACGUCUGCGUUCAGCUCUGUUCCAGUGUGGCUGUGCUCCCCCCACUCUACUUUCCUAUUCUGGAGCGUUGUUUGGUCGAUGCUGUGCUGCAGGCUGAUACUCCAACAGCGUUAUUGGCAACAGACGUGUGGUGCUUUACAGCACGAUACGGAACAGCAGAACUCUGCCUGCAUCAUGUCCUCCUUAUUGCACAGAUGGUGAAGGCGUGCAGCACCAAGUGUUACCAGCUGUUCCAUCUGGGGUCACUACUGAAACGUAUGGUUUUCCUCAUGACCCCAAGCCACCAGUUGCAGUUUGUGUCAGAGUUCCCACCAUCAAAGGUGGAGAAUCUUCCAGUGUGGCAUCACGUCCUCCUCAGAGCUCUUUCUCAGGACGUCCGUCUCCGUGUGACGACAGAAAUCAUUGACCUGGUGCAAAAGGUUCUAAUGGAGUGGCAGGACGGAGGACACAAACUGGGACAAGUGGACAAAGUGAACGCAGCGCUGGAGUCUCUCCUCUCUGUGCUGCGGGGCCAGUCUUCUCCUGAGGAGCCGUGUCUGUUGCCUGCAGCCAGGAUGACCACACAGCUGUGGUCACGGAUGAGUCCCAGUCAGCAGUUGCAGACCCAGCCAGUGCUCCUGGAUACUUUGAAGCUGCUCCUGUCAGCAACAGCCGUUCUGGUAAAGAACAUCAAGCCUGAAACCAUUUCUCAGGCUCUGUUGUGCCUGGAAGCCGUGAUUUCUCAGGAACGUCCGGAUCAUCUGCUGCUGGCUGCUCUGGAGUUUCUCUCUUCCCUGGGAAAGAUCUUUUUCCCUCCUGACAGUCAGAGCCAGAAUCUUCUUAGAUUAAGCAACCUGUUUGGAGUCGUCCUGGCUGACAAGUCCUGGCUGACACACCAGCACGCCCUAGAGGCCUUUUCUUACUUCGCAGAGAAUACAAACCAUGAAGAGGUAAUUUCCCAGAGUCUGUGUGUGGAAGAAACGAAGACCAAAGUGGUCAAUUACCUGAGCAAGCAGACGCUGAAUUCACAAGAAGCUGAAGAGUCUCGGCUACAAAGGCUGAAACAGGAGAAAUUAGUGAUUGAGCAACACAACGAGAAGCUGGAGAGCAAAGAAAGUGGCUCUGAUAAAAAAGCUGCUGAGGCUGAGGCCAUCACAGAGUCUGAGCCAAGCCCAAAGAGAGCUCGACAGGAGACAAGUACAGAGGAGUACGACCGCUACAUCCAGACGGCUCAGAGCUCUUUAAAGGCCCUUCAAGCUCUCGUAGAGGGAAAGGCCAACACAACAGCAACACCCCCGCCAUCGUGGCUGGAAGCCAAACUUCAGGAACUGACGACCCUCAUAUCAGAAAUCACCUCAGCUAGACACUCAACCUAGCACUUUUAUUUUAAAAUCCUGAAUGCUCCCUCCCCCUCCUGUACAGUGAAUUGUAUCUGUGCCAAGUUUGAAUUUAUGUUGCUGUUAAUGUGUUUGAUACCAUUAAAUGUAUUUAAAUACUAA